UCCUGUAUUUAUCAAUUAUAAAAGUAAUAGUAUAUCCUUAAAAACAGUAAAAGAUAUACAUAACAUGGUAGGUUUAAUAUAAAAAUGGAUGGUCCUGGAUUAGGAUACUCGUAUCAUCUUCCUUCUGCAGGAUGGAAUUUUCGAGUUAGAAAUAUACUUUCACAAUUCAGUGAUCUUUUUAGCGAAUUUAAUAAAUACAUUGCACCUGCCUAUCAUCAUGAUCGAUGUGAAAGAUCAGUUCAAAUGCGACUAUAUUCUAUGCAUAAGAGAGAAUUUGUUAUGAUAUUUGUUGCUUUCUUUGCAUGUUUUGGAUUGGUUGUAUUUAUUGGACUUGCAGGUCCUCCUAUUACAUUUACGAGUGAACAAAGAGCUCAUGUGAAUAGCAGUGAAAUUGCUACUGGUCCUUUUAUUAUGAAAACACCUCUGUUAUCUACAUAUAGUCAACAAUUGUGGGUUAUUGCAAAAUUACUAACAUCAAAUAAUGAUGAUGAAAGAUAUGAUAAAAGUUUUCAAAUAACUAUCUCCAUAGAUGGUAUUACCAUUGACCAUAAACUUAUAUCUGUUUUGUCCUCAGAAACUGGCCAUAACAGAACUAGACAUUUGAAAUGUGAAAGACAAACAUGUGAAGAACUCAUAGUUGCUCAUCUCGGAUUUCUCGAUUAUAAUUACUAUAUUAUUUCUGUUCGUUUCCAUGGACUCGAGAGCUUCCAUCAACGUUAUAAUAUACGCGAUCUCACAUUCUACUUUAAGAAUUACAAUCCAGCAUUUACGGAGUUUGAGAUUUGGUUCCGUUUUAUAUUUUUGUUAACUGCAUUUGGAGUUAUGUGCUGGUUUGGACAUUCUCUACGAAAAUAUUCGUUACAUGAUUGGUCAAUAGAACAGAAAUGGAUUUCUAUACUUCUUCCUUUACUUAUUUUAUAUAAUAAUCCAUUAUUUCCAAUGACAUUUUUAAUUAAUUCUUGGGUACCUGGUAUGAUAGAUGCAAUUCUACAGACAACUUUUCUUUGUGCAGUUCUCAUGUUUUGGUUAUGUGUUUACCAUGGUUUAAGACAAAAUGAAAGACGUCUGAUCACAUUUUAUUUACCAAAAGUUAUGGUAGUGGGGUUACUAUGGUGUUCUGCAUUUAUUUUAGCAACAUGGUUACGCUGUACUGAAUUAGAAGAUCCAACUUACAAUUAUGUCCUUGAUACAUCAAAUUAUUUUGGUUUCAAAGUGUUCUUUUUCACAAUAGGAGGAUUCUAUACAGCAUAUCUUCUUCUUUUGAUAUUGAGAGCAUACAGUGAAUUGAGAUCAAUGCCAUAUUUUGAUCUCCGUUUACGUUUUUUGACACUACUUGCCGCUGUAGUUUCGUUGGUUUGCGGUUGUGUAACGGCACGACAAUUUGGAGCUGGUAUUUUUGAAGAUAGCUUUGCUUCUCGUCUCACUACGUAUUAUCGUUCAUCUGCGCAAUUUAUGGCUUUAUAUGGUCUUCUCAAUUUUUAUUUGUACACAAUGGCUUAUGUAUAUGCACCAGCGUAUCAACAAAUAUACGGUCAACAUUCCUCUAUAACGAAGGACAACCCCACCUUUUCUAUGAUUAAUGAUUCUGACGAAGAAGUCAUAUAUGGGUCAGAUGAAGACAGUCGCCGGCCUUUAACACGAACAUCUCGAAUAGGAAAUAAUAAUAAUUAACCGAAUUGAAUUAAUUAUUAUAAAUGAAAAAAAGAUAUUUCUAAAACAAAGGAUACGGUAAUGUUAAAAA